UUGCCACCUGACAGUAAUGCAUUGAAGAUCAAAAUUUAUGAACAGUUGGGUGAUGGAGCUGCAGAGAUUGGAAAUUUUAAACAAGCAUUGGAAUUCUAUCACAAAAUGCUGGACUCUAGUAUAGAGGAACACUCAUCACAAAAGGAUUUGAUACCCAUCUACAUAUCUCUGGCCCAGACAUACACUGAUAAUAAACAGUAUGGCAAGGCUAUCGAAUAUUACAAUAAAGAAAAAGAAUGUCGGGGUGAAGAUUAUGGUCAGAUAUGUCGAACAUGGUUAAAUAUAGCAGAAUGCCAGGAAUUAGAUGGUAAAAGUUAUGAUGAUGUUACUAUGUGUUAUAUGAAGGCUUUUGAAUGUGCUAGAAAAGCUAACCACUAUAAGUUACAGGUUCAUGUUUUAAAAUCAUUGGUAGAAGUUCAAAAGUACUACAGACAGAAAACACACCUGAAACAAACAGAACGAAAACUGGAAAAUAUUAAAACAAAGUAUGAUGUGGGCAGUGAUGAAGAAUUGUCUGAGGAGGAGAGAGACAGUCAGAGGUCUGAUGAUGUGGAUAAUCUUAGUAUAUCAGAAUUGUCAGAAUCAGAGGAAUCAGAGGAAGAAGGAAGUAGAGUUAAAACUGGGUCAAGGAGGAUGACUAAGGCCAGGGCCACUAGAAAUGAAAAAGGAGAAACUCCAUUACACAGGGCUUGCAUAGAGGGUAAUCUGAAGAAAGUUCAAAAGCUGAUUGAACAGGGUCAUCCUGUAAACCCUCGUGAUCAUUGUGGAUGGAUACCAUUACACGAGGCAGCCAACCAUGACAUAUAUGACAUAGUCUUGUACCUACUGGACCAUGGAGCAGCCAUUAAUGAUCGAGGUGGUCAGUACUGUGGAGGAGUUACUCCUCUUAUUGACUCUGGUAACUGUGGCAACAUGGAUAUUAUGGACUUGUUAAUUGAGAGAGGAGCUAACGUCUUGGCCAAAGAUGAUGAGGGUAACACAGCUUUGGAUUGUUUGAGAGCAUGGAGAGACAGGUGUGAUAAUUUGGACGACGAAUUAGUGAAGAAAUUUGAACAUACAGAGACAUUACUGGCGUCUAAAAAGAGAGGAAAAUCUUCAGUAGACAGUAUACAAAGAAGCCAGGCAAACAGAGGUCUAAAUUCAAGUCAGAGAAGUCAGAGGGUUGUUGAAGAAUGUGAUCUUCCCCAUCUCCCUCUACAAGAGAGAGCCAAGAAACGAAAAUCAAAAACUGGGCAUUCUUCAGAUCUCAGAAGAGGUAUUUCUUCAAGUGAUUCUGACAGUGAUUCACAGUUGCCUUGUAGACAAAGGGAAACAACUCCAGUUUUAUCUGAUUCUGAAGAAUUUUUUCCUAAUCCAAUGAUGGAAGAUGAGAUUCGUACUACACAUAGUGCAACAGAAAGCUAUAAGUCUGCUAUGGAAAAUCUGAGAGGUCAUGUCAAUCGUAAGACUGUCCCUUCACAAAGUGGUGUGCCAACCAGUAAACAGCAGCAGACGUCAGCCUUAAUUGAUGCAGAAAUCUUUGUAGAUGAUUGGUUGAUAGAUGAUAUGCAACAACCAACCAAAAGACAGAAAUUAGACAUAAAUGGUGUUUUCUCAUCAAAUACUUCUAGAAAGAAAAGUGAGGAGGUCCUAUCUGGAAAAGCUUCUUCAGCUAGCAUAAAGAAAAACAGAAGUAUUAUUUUUGACGAUGAUAUAAAUAUUGACACAAGUGUUGAUAUCCAUGGCAACAAUAGAAUUGGUGAUGAUAACAUUUUGAUAGAUGAAAAUGAUAUAAGUAUCAUAUCCCAAAGUACACAAUUGCCCUCAAUUCGACCUCUACAGAAAACAAAACCUCGCCAAUUAAGUUUGACAAAUUUUGCAGUCAGAGUAUCUGAAAACAGGUCUGUUUCUCAGGACACAGCAGGAAUUGAGAAUACCACAUCUUUUCUUGCUACAAUUGGGCCCACAAAUACACAGACUGCCCUUGAUAGUACCCCUUCAUCACACAGGGAUACAGUUGGUCCUUUAAUGAGGGUCAAGGUCAGAGUAAAGGAUAAACUUUUGCUUAUUCCUGUGCCCAAUAGGCAAAAGGAGAAGACGAUAUCAUGGUUAUGUCAGGAAGCCGGUCAGAGAUAUUACAGUAUGUGUGGAUUACGUCCCUUGUUAACACUCAGUACAAAGGAUGGUGCCUUUUUAGCCAACACAGAUGAAAUUUCACAAGUUCUGUCCAGUAAUGAAGAAGUUGAAGGUGUUGUUGAUAGUUGGGAUUUACCUCCCCUGGUAGACAGAUAUCAGCAGGCUUGUACAGCUUUAAAUACAGUUUGCUACAGAAACAUAAAGACAAUAUUGCAGUCAUGUGACACUACAUCGAAACUGGUGAUAUCAGACCUUGGCCUACGACCUCUACAGAUACAGACAGUUUUUAGAGCAUUGCAAUGUCAGAAUACACUCAAAGUACUCUGCUUACCAGGGAACAGAAUGGGAGACCAUGGAUUAGACAGUUUCUUGAAAGUCUGUAAUACCUUACCAAACCUGUGUGUACUGAACUUUAAAUGCAAUGAAAUAACAGCAGUAGGACUAAAAUCCUUGGCAGAUUUCUUACAGAACUGUGAAACACCUGUUUUAAAGAAUUUGAUGGAGUUGAAUCUGAGUUACAAUUCUCUAGGAGAUUCCAGCUGCCAGUCACUGGCUAGUAUAGUGACACACCUACCUAUGCUGAACACAUUGUCCAUAUCAUCUUGUGAUUUUACUGCUAAACUGUUCCAGCAACACAGAAUUAGCCUGAUGGAAAGUUUACUGAAUUGUCAGUUGCAGAAUUUGGAUGUCUCUCAUAACCAAUUUGGUAUGCUGGGUAUAGAAUUAUUGUUAAAGACCAUCAAUCCUGCAACCAUGUGGUCAUUAAACAUAGGCAAUACACUAACAUCUGCACCACAAUCUUAUUUCUUGUUACAUAUACAGAACUUUUUGUCAAAGGAGAAGUGUAGCCUCCAAGAUUUAAAUCUUUCUGGAUGUCACUUGUCAACAGAACAUACAGACUUCCUUGUUAGCAUUCCAAUAGCUGGUAAAAGUCUCACCUCACUAAAUCUCUCAGACAAUCCCAAACUAGACAAUAGUGUGGUGACAAGAGUAUUGGAAGUGGCCUCGACAAACAACACACACUUGGAGAAGAUCACGGCAGAAGGUUGUGGCAUCAUAUCACCAUUGGAUACCAUGUUUCUUGAUGCCAUCAGUGACAAAUUAAUGUCAGACUAUUCUCUUAAAUUUAUUAGUUUUACAUGUAGAAAUUUAGACAAAGUUGAUGCAGAUAGUUUAUCCCAAAUUUGGACAGAACAUUGGAAAGAUUCAGCACAGAUUCAAAUUAGCAGUUGCUUGGUUAGAUUGAGUGUAUCUAGCACAUAAUUUACUUGUUAAUAAAAACUAUAAAGUUUUUAAUAUAAACUAUAAAUAUCUUAGAAAAUGUAUUAAGGAGUAAGUCAAAUUAAAUCAUAUUGUAUCCUUAUUGUUAUUGCAUGUGUUGAUUUGUAAUUUGUAUAAUAUUAUGAUUAAUAAUAUGUAUUAUAGUA